AUGUUCAGCCUAAACGUGCUUGGCUUGAAAGUUUCUCAUCCACAUGUUGUUGUCAUGGAGGUUUGUUCACCUCAGAAAGUAAUCUCGGCUUUCACAAUUGAAAUGGAUUAUCUUGGAAUUUUGUCACAACAUUUUGCAACCCUUUUUGUAGAAAAUCCCUUUUUCCUAUUUAGAUAUUGUAAAGUACUUCAAUUCUCAAAACAUGAAAUUCAAUUUGAUUUGAAAAGCACAAAUGAAGGGAUUGAUUUAUGUCCAUCAACUAAAAGCUUUUGA